CAUCACGUUUAUUCAGGCGUUGGAAGAAAAUAACACGACAUACUUUCUGUUAAAACAUUAAUAUAAAAGACAAAGUUACGUCUUUCUGCACGGCCACGCGAACAGAACGCUAUAACUUAUUAAAGUACAGUCACGCGGAGGUGGGAGUGUUAUUUUUGAUGCAUUAUUUUCGGGGUGUGGAGAGUGGGAGUUAUUACAUAACAGCAGUCAGGGGGUGAAUGAGGACAAGCGCCUCUAAUGCAGCCUGGUUUUAAAGCAGGUGGAGCAGGUGUUUUUAAUUCUUAUCACUAAUUAGUGACAAGGAAACUUCCAUCUGCUUUUUAUUUAUUGGUUCUCUUGUGUAUUUGGAAGCUGGAGUACAUAAUCAUAUGGAUCUGCAUAUUUACUCAGAGCUAUAAGAGGAAAAAUAAACACUGAUUGUUAUUAUUGAGGUUUACAGCUGGAGAAUAAGUCAUUAUUUUGGUUUUGAGUUGCAGAUUUGUCUCUUGUCUUUUCCUUCUUUGCAGACAGACCUAUAGACUCUGUAUGAAAUCACUAACCUACCUUUAAACAACAUUUUACUCCAAGGUUUGUUUAGUUUGAGCUACAACAUGAAACUAAACUAAGAGACUAAAGAUCUGUGAGGCACAAAAUGCAUUAUGGGUCUUUUCAUUUUCACAACUGCAUGUAUAAAUAGCAGAGCAGCACCAUGGGGUGGAGGCCGUCGGUUUCUGUGGUCAAACAACACAGAUAUUUCUCAGCAGCAGAUGAGAAGAUAGACGCUACGACUUAGAGGCGGAAUAUAAUCUACAAGGAACAUCCUCGUUCUUAUACAUUCAGGCAUGCAGACAUAAGGCUUCCCAUGAAUCCAUCCUCUUCAUAAAUGAUUAGUUUCAGAUUGAUCGUAAACUUUUUCUAAACUUUAUGAAUUUGUUUCUGGCCCCCAGAUGCCACAUGGCCUCAACAUUAAAUGAUAAAGCGUUUUGUUAUGUUCUCAUAAUGACUCUUGAAUCUUACAUCAACUUUUACUAAUUAAUUACUGAUCCGGGGAAUGUGUAUCCUCUUAAAAAAGUCAGAUGCACCUGGUUGUGUUACAGAGACGUUGCUGGUUGGGCCGAGGACACUACUUCAUGUUUUAAUGCGUCUGCUCUUCUUAGACUUCAUCUGAUCAACACAAUGCAAAUAUUUUUAACACAGUUGUUAGGUGUGGUAGCUUGUGUGGUACGCACACUUCCUGUUGGAGCCUCAACACUAAAAAGAUGAGGUCUGACGAUUGGAUUAUUUCAGACAUGAGGCUGAAUGUCUACAUCUGUCUGCUCCUCUUUGUUCUGGCCUCCAACGUCUUCGCAGGUUUAAUUCAUAAAGCAGUUGAAGAAAAGGUGACAGUCACUAUUGAUUGUUGUCGUCACUGUGUGAAGAAUAAAGUGACGUGGAGCAGAAUCAGAGAUGGAAGGAAAGUUGAUAUUCUCACAGUUGAUGGCGACAGAGACAUAAAACACAUUAAAGAUCCAGACAAACGAUUCAGUUCAUUAGCUGAUAAAUCUCUGGUCAUUAUCAGAGCCGACGUCUCUGACUCUGGAGUUUAUCUGUGUGAUGAUAAACCAGCUGUGAACCUGACCGUGAUCCCCUCAGGACGGAAAAAGGUGACGACACCUUCACCUACGACAACAAUUGAGUCAUCACACAGAGAGAACACAGGUUUAAUCCAUCGAGAAGUCGAGGAAAAGCAGAUUGUGACUAUUCGUUGUUGUCGUCACUGUGUGAAGAAUAAAGUGACGUGGAGCAGAAUCAGAGAUCGAGUUAAAGUUGAUAUUCUCACAAUUGAUGGGGACAGAUACAUAAAACACAUUAAAGAUCCAGACAAACGAUUCAGUUCAUUAGCUGAUAAAUCUCUGGUCAUUAUCAGAGCCGACGUCUCUGACUCUGGAGUUUAUCUGUGUGAUGAUGAAGAAGCUGUGGAACUGACCGUGAUCUCCUCAGGAAAAAAGACACCAACAUUCGCAACAGCGCCCCUUCUGGAAAACUCAGCGCCCCUUCUGGAAAACUCAGCUCCUUCUGACCUGUGGCCAGUGUGUGUUCGUACUGUGGUCGUAGUGAUCUACUUAUUCACCAUGAUCAGCAUCACUGCUGCCACCUGGAGGAAAGCUGGACAGAUCCAGAACCAGAAGAGACCCUCAGCAGAAAGAGGAACUGAUCCCUGAUCCCCCAUCACACAGAAACCAGAGUGGUAAAGACUGAACUGAUGAGACUGAUCCAGACUGUUCAUGGGAACCAGUGUUUUCUGUUGUGUCUUCUGUUUGUUUCCUGGCAGGUUUGUGUUGGUUCAAGCUGAUGAACAACCUGCAGACCCUCAGUCUCUAUCUCUUUAUAUUUUACCAAGUUUUUACUUCUUCUGGAAUGAAAAUGGAAAAACUGAAAGUAAGAUUAAA